AUGGGGCUCGGGCUUAAGCUACCGACAAUCUACAAUGUCCACCUCGUGGCUAUCAUUGCCACCUUGGGUGGUGCACUUUUCGGCUUCGAUAUCUCUUCCAUGUCCGCCAUCGUUGUAACCGAACAAUAUCUCACUUACUUCAACAACCCCUCCGGUGUCAUCCAAGGAGCUAUCGGCUCUGCCCUCGCUGCCGGCUCAGUCGUCGGUUCCGCCGUCGCCGGUCCUCUCUCCGACAAGAUCGGUCGCCGUGACUCCAUCUUCUUCGCCUGCUUCUUCUGGCUCAUCGGCACCGCCGUCCAGGUCGCCUGCCAGAACUAUGGCCAACUCAUCGCCGGCCGUGUCCUCAACGGCUUCACCGUCGGCAUCACCUCCUCCCAGGUCCCCGUCUACCUUGCCGAGAUCGCCAAGGCCGAGAAGCGUGGUUCCUUGGUCAUCAUCCAGCAGCUCGCCAUCGAGUUCGGUAUCUUGAUCAUGUACUUUAUCGGCUACGGCUGUGCGUCGAUCGAGGGCCCUGCUUCCUUCCGGACGGCCUGGGGUAUCCAGUUCGUCCCCUGCUUCUUCCUCAUGAUCGGUCUUCCCUUCUUGCCCAGGUCACCCAGAUGGCUGGCCAAAGUCGGCAGAGAUCAGGAGGCCAUUCAUGUUCUGGCUAACAUCCAGGCUGACGGCAACGUUGAUGAUCCCAGAGUCGUUGCCGAGUGGGAGGAGAUUGUCACUGUCAUGAACGCUGAGCGUGAGGCUGGCCAGGGAUGGAGGAAGUUCGUCAAGAACGGCAUGUGGAAGCGUACCAUGGCUGGUAUGACUGUGCAGGCUUGGCAGCAACUCGCCGGCGCCAACGUAAUCGUCUACUACCUCACUUACAUCGCCCAAAUGGCCGGUCUCACAGGCGACGUCGCCAUGGUGACUUCCGGCAUCCAGUACGCCGUCUUCAUCAUCUUCACCGGCGUAAUGUGGCUUUUCAUCGACAAGACGGGCCGCCGCACCCUUUUGGUCUACGGCGCUUUGGGCAUGGGUUUCUGCCACUUCGUCGUCGGCGGCGUCAUGGGUGCCCACCACGAUAACGUGCCCGAGGGCGUCGGCGGCAACGCCAACAUUGUCAUCGCCGUGCACAAGGGCGCGCCCGCCAACACUGUCAUCCUCUUUUCUUAUUUGUUGAUUGUCGUCUACGCCCUUACCCUGGCCCCGGUCUGCUGGAUCUACGCCGCUGAAGUCUGGUCCCUCGGAACCCGCGCCACGGGCAUGUCCAUGGCCGCCAUGAGCAACUGGGUCUUCAACUUUGCGCUGGGCAUGUUCACUCCCCCUGCGUUUGUCAACAUCACCUGGAAGCUGUUCAUCAUCUUUGGUGUGCUGUGCGUCACAGCCGCCGCCUGGUUCUGGGUCUUUUACCCGGAGACGUGCGGUAAGACGCUCGAGGAGAUCGAGAUCUUGUUUGGCGAUGAUGGACCGAAGCCCUGGAAGACCAAGAAGGGCGAGUCGAGACUUGCGGCGGAGAUUGAGGCUGUUAAGGCAAGGAAGACGGUGGAGAAUGAGAUUGAGGUGCAUGAGCAUAAGGCUGGUGAUGAGAAGGUUUAA